GUGAUUUGUACAUCAACUUCAUACUUCAUCAUGCCGCCGCCAAGUCACGUUUUCUCUGCUCACGAGCGCAAUGCUCUGAAGGAUCGAUGGGGCUCGCAAGCAACGCGCCUUACACGCGACUCCUUCCUACCAUUUGGAUCAUGUCAACUAUGUCUCCUUCCUGCGGUUGACCCAGUAUGCUGUCCUUCGGGCGACCUGUUCUGCAGAGAGUGCGCCAUGACCAACCUCCUUGCUCAACGGAAAGAGAUGAAACGACUUGAGAAGCUUGCCGAGCGGCAGAAGUUGGACGAGGUGGACCAGCAAGAGCGAGAAGAUGAAUCGGCGCGGCAGCGUGCUGUGCAAGACUUCGAAGCAGUGCAGAUGGGCCUUGAAUUCAAAGUUGGCGCGGGAUCGAAAGUCGUAGGGCGAGAAGGUGGAAAAAUCAUGGUUGAGCAGGAAGGGAGUGCAGGGAGCAAGGGUACGAAACGCAAGUUCGAAAUCGACGAAGAGGAGCUGAAGCGCAUUGCCUCUGAGGAGCGUAACAAAGCCAAGAAAACGCUCGAGGACGAGCGUAAAGCUGCGAAGAAAGAAUUGCCGAGCUUCUGGGUCCCGGGUGAGACACCAGAGUCGCACCACAAGGGCCUCAGCAAAGCGAAACAAAAUCCCACAUGUCCAUCCAGCGACCUCGAGCACCCACACGAUCUAUCACUGAAGACGCUGACAAGCGUCAAUUUUCACGAGGAGAAGUCAGCAGAAACCGGCAAGACCGUUCGCACCUGCCCAAGCUGUCAAAAGGCUCUAUCGAACAGCACGAAAGCUGUUCUCGCAAUACCAUGCGGGCACGUUUUAUGCAAGCCAUGUGUUGAGAAGUUUUUGAAGCCGGAGCAUCGGCAUCACCGCGAUGCACACGACGACAGCCCGGACCCGGAGACCGUGCACUGCUAUGUGUGCGACGCGGAUCUCACGACGGCGCCUGAGUCGAAAGAAAAGGAGGGCAAGAAGAAGAAGAAAGACAAGGAGAAGGGCGUCAAGCCCGGGCUGGUAGACAUCAGAAGUGAGGGCACAGGUUAUGCGAGUGGAGGGAAGAGUUUGGUCAAGAGGCAAGGUGUUGCAUUUCAAGUCUGAGAGGUACCUAAUAAUGCAUAUACUACCCUCCCGCGUAAUAACAGUUGAAAAGCUUGCUUACGCAAGACUGCAGUCCCCAGUCAGACUAGCCACGCUCCGGUCCGAGCCAGUCUAUCGCUAUUAUUCCUACGUUUCGCU